AUGGCGGCGAACGCGCCAGCAGAUCAGCACCUGUCACCGGCGCCGAACGCCGGCCCGGAGCGGCCACUCAGCUUCUACGACAAUCUCACCUCAACCGGAACUGGCAGCGGAACCGGGCGCGUCAUACAGUUUCCCGACAUUCAGUUCCGGUUUGACGAAACCAUUCCGGAUCGGCGAUCGGUGCACAGCAGCGCCAAAUCGGACUUUUUUGGGCUUAACUCUCCCCUCGUCCUCGCACCCGAACCCGACCCGGCGGGGGGACCACCUCCCACCCCUGCUAGGACGCCACCAACGCGAUCCGGGGCCGCCAUCGCCCCGUACCCCGAAGGGUCACCAUCUUCGAGCGCCUCCACCGUGCCUUUGCGGACACCCUCGGCGUCACCGUCGAUUGUGGAUGCGGGGCUGAUGGUGGGGGAACCGGGGACCGGAGGGGCUACCAGUACACCCCGCUCCUCGCGGCCAAAUUCUACGAUCAAAACCAUCACCAUCAAACUGCCCGACUCGAGCUGCCCGUCUGAGGCCGUGUACAUGACGACAACGGUGCCGCAGAAUUUUGCGAAAAACUCCGCCACCCUGAUCGGUCGGCACAAGCCAACCCGGAGCAGUCUCCGCCACAGCCGGAUGCUGGUCGUCAACCGGACCGUACCGGUGCGGCAUCCGCCCGGGAAUGCGCUAAAUUUGCGCCACCUGCGCCUCAGCCGGAUCGUGAUGGUGUUGCAGAUUUUGGUUGGGCUCGCUCUUAACCUCAUCGGACUCGGGAUCGUCGUUUGGUCACCAUCCACCAGCACCAAGGACAACCCUUACUGGUCGGGGUUGAUCCUCAUUCUCUGCGGUGCCCUGUUUCUGGCGCUUUUCGAGUUCAAACGCGGCCGUACCGGAACCGACAAAACCGGCCAACCCGGAUCCCGGCUACAUCAGCCAGUCUCGACGUGGCGCGAGAAUUGCUUCCACUUUCUGCACGUGAACGCACUGAUCGUACUGCUGCUGACGAUCUUCUUCACCAUGCUUGCCUUCAUUUACGCGCUCAUCCACUCAGCUAACCUGUCUGCUGAGGGGUUACGUUGUGAGCCGCAGUUUACGUUCAACGUCAACUCCUCUACCUGCGUGUGUACGAUCGACACACGACCCGCGAGAAUGGUGCCGAACACCGGGGAGUCGUCGCAGGCGAAUGAAACGUCGUCUUUUAUGAGUGGAGGUCUUCCGAAUGGGGACGAUUCUAGGCUACCAGAGGGUGUGAUUCGUCUAGAAUAUCGUGACUUCAACUGCAACGAGGUGCACAGCUUGUGGUACUACGUGAUGAUCAGCUCGGCGCUGCUGAACUGUGCCGGAUGUCUGCUAGCGGCCACGUUCCUAGUCAUAUACAGCGUCGAGUGUAUGAGACGCUCCGAGCGGUUACCAUACCGUGCUAAAAACGGACAGCUCGGUGAGCGAAUGGUCGCGAGUGUUCCCGCGCAAGGUUCAUCGGCGAAGCGUCCUGCGAGUGGUGUUCCGGAUGCGACCGCUAUGCCACUACUGGCCGCUACUGGCAGUCAGGCAUCGAAGCAACGCGGUGUAGGAGAAGCACCUGACACCAGCAUUCUGAGCAGUGCGAGUGGAAAAACGGAACCAGGAGACAACCAAACGCUUUCGAAUGAGAACAACACGAUGACGACUAUCCUGCCAGAGGAGGAUGAGGGUUUGAUCGGGGCGUGA